UCAAGUCACUGUCACUCUCGAACACACACUCGCGCACCGCAGAAGUCGUGGAGAACGGCGCCACGGUAGAGUCGUAACGAACCAGCGCUGCGUAGCAAACGAGCCCGCUACACCGGCGAGACACCAGCAGAAGUUUACGCCGCCGACGACAACAGCCCGGCGACGGCGCGCCGACGAGCUAGACGGUCCCUGCCUGCGCCCAUCGGUGAGUAGUGUUCUGCGCCUUUUGAACCACCGCGCCUUGACCGACAAAAGCGACAGCAGCGAGCCGCGCGACCACCAUCUUGUUUAUUUUCUCGUGUGUGCGCGCCGCGAUCGAGCAAACCGCCGGGCGAGCAGCCGGCUGCCGCCCCACGAUCCCGAGGUCGGCGGGCGUGCGCCGCUCCCGCACCUGCCGCCGCCACCGCCGCCGAUUGGCAUGUGCUUGAGGCGCCCGGGGCGACGACACCGGCAGACAUCAUUGGGCGCAUCGCGAGCAAGCAUUUCGUCAAGUUGACCACGCACAGCGCGAGCAGCCACCCCGCCGCCAGAGCCGCUCACACCGGCCCGGCCGCCCCCGACGGCCCACGCAGCAGGCAGCGUCGCAAUAGCCGCAGCAGCGGCGACGCGCCCCACGACAACGACGACGGCGGCCCCGGCUCAGACGCCACCGUCCCCGCGCACACGCCGCCGCCUGAGAUGAAUCACCACGUGACAUCGACGGACGACCAGCGACGUCGCAACGACACCACUUUGGUACAGCAGCAGCAGCAGCAGCAGCAGACCCACAACGAUAUCGAAGAGAUGGAAACACAGGAAGUCACUCCAAUGGAAUUCAUGACAGAUGCAGGUGGCGGUGAGAUGGAUUCGCAAAACGGCGACGCGAUCAUCGGGCCACAGAUCGACCCCAAUUCGGCGCUGGUGGCCACCACGGGCAGUAUGCAGCAGGACGCCGACAUGGAGGAGGACGAGGCACGCUCCGAGGCCACUUUCCGCUUUUCCGUGCAACAUUUCAGCAAGCUUAAGGAUUCGGUGCUUUCCCCGCCAUGCUACGUGCGAAAUCUACCAUGGAAAAUCAUGGUAAUGCCACGUACCAGCCAUGGACAGGAGCGUGCACCUUCGUCGCGCUCGCUGGGAUUCUUCCUGCAGUGCAACGGCGAGAGUGAAUCCUCCUCGUGGAGCUGUUACGCUGUCGCAGAGCUGCGCCUACUCACCGUACGCGCUGAGAUCGAGCCAUUCUCGCGCAAGAUCCAGCAUCUUUUCUCCAAGGAGAAUGACUGGGGUUUUUCACAUUUUAUGGCAUGGAACGACGUCUUGGACGCCGAAAAGGGGUACAUUAAGGAUGAUUCAAUUACACUGGAGGUGCACGUGGUCGCCGAUGCGCCGCACGGCGUCUCCUGGGACAGCAAGAAGCACACCGGCUUCGUCGGGUUGAAGAACCAGGGUGCGACUUGUUACAUGAACUCAUUGCUUCAGACACUUUACUUCACCAACCAGCUGCGCAAGGCGGUCUACAAAAUGCCCACCGAGUCGGACGACUCGACCAAGUCAGUCGCGCUGGCGCUGCAGCGCGUCUUCAACGAGCUGCAAUUCAGCGAUAAGCCAGUCGGCACCAAGAAGUUGACGAAGAGUUUCGGCUGGGAGGCGCUCGACUCUUUCAUGCAGCAUGACGUGCAGGAGUUCUUGCGCGUUCUACUCGACAAACUCGAAAGUAAAAUGAAGGGCACUUGUGUCGAGGGCACGGUGCCGAAGUUAUUCGAAGGCAAGAUGAUGUCUUACAUUCGGUGCAAGAACGUCGACUAUACCAGCACCCGCUCGGAGACGUUCUACGACAUCCAGCUUAAUAUAAAAGGCAAGAAGAACAUUGAUGAAUCAUAGGACUACAUCGCGCGCGAAACGCUCGAUGGCGAUAAUAAGUAUGACGCCGGCGAGCACGGCCUGCAGGACGCCGAGAAGGGUGUCAUUUUCUCGGCCUUUCCACCAGUCCUACAUCUGCACUUGAUGCGGUUCCAGUAUGACCCAAUCACCGACUGCUCGGUUAAAUUCAACGAUCGUUUUGAGUUCUACGAGAAAAUCUCACUGGACUCCUACCUGCAAGAGAAGAAUCCACACAACCCAGCGAAUUACACUCUGCAUGCGGUGCUGGUACACUCUGGCGAUAACCACGGCGGACACUACGUUGUAUUCAUCAACCCGAAAGGUGAUGGCAAAUGGUGUAAAUUCGACGAUGAUGUUGUCUCGCGUUGCACCAAGCAGGAAGCCAUCGAUCACAACUACGGCGGGCACGAUGAAGAUAUCAACAUGACGGUGAAGCACUGCACCAACGCCUACAUGUUGGUGUACAUCCGCGAUUCCGAACUGCAUAAUGUCCUGCAGGAGGUGACCGACGCCGACAUCCCAACUGAGUUAGGCGAUCGCCUUGCUGAAGAAAAACGCAUGGAACAGGUGCGACGCAAGGAGCGCAACGAAGCGCAUCUCUACAUGACGCUCAACAUCGUCCUGGAGGACUCAUUCGACGGCCACCAAGGUAACGACCUCUAUGAUCAAGAGAAAGCGUUGUAUCGGGUGUUCAAAAUCAAGAAAUCGGCGACCGUGGCGGAGAUGAUGGACCUGCUCGCUGAUAGUUUCAAGUAUCCGCUGGAGCAGAUCCGGCCGUGGCCGUUCACCACACGUUCCAAUAACACUUAUCGUCCCAGUAUCCUUGACUUCGACACUGAUCUACACAAGAGCGUGAUUGAGGCGUCCGAGAAUCAAAACCCGUGGCACAUUUUCCUCGAGUUGUUACCGCCGGAUUCCGGCAGUCCCGCGCUGCCAGCGUUUGAUAAAGACACCGAUGUACUCAUGUUCUUCAAACUCUACGACCCGAAACAGAAGAAGAUGCAUUACUGCGGUCAUAGUUAUCUGCCAGUCACGUCGAAGCUAGCUGACAUCGUCCCGCUGCUGAAUGAACGCGCUGGGUUCUCAGCGGACACCGAAUUGUCGCUGUAUGAAGAAAUACGCCCGAACAUGACAGAGAAGAUCACCAGCCUUGCUGAUCCGCUUGAAAAAGUGCUCGAGGAGUUGAUGGACGGCGAUAUACUCGUGUUUGAACGUGACGAACGCGAAGAACUCUCCGAUUUGCCCACGUGCAUCGAGUUCUUCAAGGAUUUAUUCUUCCGCGUGGAGGUCACCUUCGUCGAUAAGUGCAUACCGAAUGAUCAGGGCUUCACAAUGGAGUUGUCACUACGUAUGACUUAUGAUCAGAUCGCGCGCUCGGUGGCGCAACGCGUCGGCACCGAUCCCUACCUGCUGCAGUUCUUCAAGACGCAGAACUACAAAGAUAGUCCCGGCAAUCCGCUCAAAUGCACCUUCGAAGGUACGCUGAAAGACCUACUCGUGUAUUCGAAACCGAAGGUGCCGAAGAAAAUCUUCUACCAGCAGUUAAGUAUUCGUGUCAAUGAGCUGGAGAAUAAGAAACAGUUCAAGUGCGUGUAUCUCUCGCCGAAGCUGAAGGACGAGAAGGAACUGAUUCUCUACCCGAGCAAGGGCGGUACUGUUGCUGAUUUGUUAGAUGAAGCUAAAAAGCAGGUGGAGUUGACUGAAGGCGGUAGUAAUCGACUGCGCCUCACCGAGGUGAGUUCCAAUAAGGUGAGUCUGGGUCCCAAGGAGGAUACCUCGCUGGACGCGCUCGCCAUCUGCACGAACAAGGUAUUCCGUAUUGAGGAGGUGCCGCUGGAUGAGGUGCACAUCGCCGACGAUGAGCUGCUGGUGUCCUGCGCGCAUUUCUAUAAAGAUAUCUACGCCACAUUUGGUACACCCUUCCUGAUUAAGAUAAAACAGGGCGAGCCUUUUGGGCGCGUGCGCGAGCGCAUUCAGAAGAAAUUGAACCUCCCGGAGAAAGAGUUCGAGAAGUUUAAGUUCGCUGUUAUUUCGAUGAAUCGCCCCAGCUUCUUCUCCGACGAUGAAGCUUUGAUCAACCUCAACGAGUUUCGGCCUCAGACGCAGCCGCCCCAAGGCAAUAACAAGCCGUGGUUGGGGCUUGAACACAUUAACAAAGCGCCAAAGCGGGCACGCUUCAACUGUCUUGAAAAGGCGAUCAAAAUCUACAACUGAACAGCAUCGCAUCGCCGGCGCGCUGUUGUAACUCUACGAAUAACGUCAAAAUGCAAGAUAAAUUCAAAUUCAACGGACUGUGUUAUAUAUUACGAUGCAUAAAUAAUUGCAACAAUUUAUCUACUAAAUAAUUACAUGAGAAAAUUAAUUUAUAAUUAUUAUGUGUGCAGAAGAGCGGAUGAAAAACGCGCGCAGCUUACGCAAAUAAUUAGAUGUAACCCAAAA